AUGUUGCAGACAAAUGAGAUCACAACACGAAGCACCACACUAGUUGGCCGCCCUGAAGGCGGCUCCUUGUCAUUCAGAGUGAAUCGGUCACUCUCUCUUGCGGCAAAUCACAGCAUGGAGCAGAUGAAGCCGGACGGACACUGGUGUGGUGAAGUCAAGACAAACGCAACUACGACUGCCGAGUAUGUUUUUCUUUAUCAUGCUUUAGGACUAGACCUCCUGAGCGACCGGGAAGCAAUCAUCUCCUGGCUGCUUUCCGUGCAAGCAGCAGAUGGCUCUUGGAGCAUCGCGCCGUACUAUCCAGGAGACAUCUCAACGACAGUAGAAACUUACCUUGCCUUGAAACUGCUUGGUUUGCCUGAGGAGAGCCACCAAUUGCACAAAUCUCGCGACUUCGUCAUCGCAGCUGGUGGAGUUGCCGGAGUCCGCAUCUUCACCCGCAUAUAUCUCGCCAUGUUCGGCCUAUUCCCGUGGACCGCAGUACCAGAAUUGCCCCCUGAGUUGAUCCUUGUGCCAUCGGCCCUACCUAUCAGUAUCUAUCAAUGGUCAGCUUGGGCGCGGGCAACUAUUGUGCCGCUUCUAAUCAUUUCUCAUCAUCGUCCUAUCUAUGCUCUGCCAAACGGGAGAUCUGAAUCCAACGUGUAUCUGGACGAAUUGUGGUGCAACCCAACUAAUAAAACCGUUCCUUACACCAACGACUUGCUGGUGUCGUGGGGAUGUGACACCAUCGCUUUUGCGUUCAACUUGGUUGACUCAUGUUUACAUCGCUUGAAUGGCCUGAGGAAGUUCAACCCUGUCCGUCGGUAUUCCAUUCGAAGAUGCAUUGAGUGGAUCCUUGUGCACCAAGAGGAGGCCGGAGAUUUUGGCGAUAUAAUGCCGUCACUGCAUGGAGCUAUGUUCGCUUUGAGUUUAGAAGGCUAUGGGUUGGAUUCGGACCCUGUCCGUCGAGGACUGAAAGCCAUCGAACGAUAUUCGUGGCGCGACUGUCUCGGGAAGAGGAUUCAAACUACUGUUUCCGCUUUCUGGGAUACCAGCUUGAUGAUUAUUGGCCUCAGUGAUGCCGGAAUGCCACAGAACAGUAUAGCUCUUACACGUUCUGUAUCAUGGGCUCGAGGUCGACAGGUUCUCGGUAAAUACGGUGACUGGGCGCUGUACAAUCCCAGACUGGAGCCGGGUGGCUUUAGCUUUGGGUACUUCAACACCUGGUACCCCGAUGCAGAUGACACAGCGGCGGCCAUUCUGUCAAUGAUCAGACAGGACACUCAUAUUGUGUUUUCGUCUCAUGUGCUACGCGCACUGAAAUGGCUCCUUGGAAUGCAGAACAAAGACGGGGGCUGGGGAGCCUUUGAUCGGGACAACAACAACCUGUUUCUGAACAAGAUUCCUUUCAGCGAUAUGGAGGCUUUAUGUGAUCCAUCUACUCCAGACGUCAGCGGUCAUGUCCUUGAGGCCUUCGGACUCUUUCUGUCAAUUAGCAGGAAGAACAAGAUGCAAGCCGAUGAAAGCAAACUGGUCGAUCAUCUGACAGCGGCCUCCCAAAGAGCGAUUGAUUACCUUUCCGGUAUGCAAGAGUCCUCGGGUGCCUGGUAUGGGCGCUGGGGUUGCAAUUAUCUAUACGGAACUAGUGCUGCCCUUUGUGCACUGCAGUACUUUCUCGGUACUACAGAAAAGAACUCUUAUGGUGGAAGAGACGACAGCAUUCUUGACAGUGUUAGAAACGCAACCCAAUGGCUGGAGGCCACUCAAAACCAAGACGGUGGUUGGGGCGAGACACUACACUCGUAUGAAGAUCCUCUGCAAGCUGGCUCCGGCCCAUCAACCGCAUCGCAAACAGCGUGGGCGCUUAUGGGCCUGCUUCCUUACUUACCGCCAUCGACAAAAGCCAUCCUUAGUGGAGUGGAAUAUCUACUAGGAACACAAAAGAAGGCUGGUCCCCAAGGUGCGACGUGGCAUGAGGGGCAUUAUACCGGGACUGGAUUCCCAAGCCACUUUUAUAUCGGCUACUCAUUUUAUCCUCAUUACUUUCCUUUGAUGGCACUCGGAAGAUUCGCCGAAGCAAUGCGGCAGCACCCGCUGAGCUUAUUUGCGUCAUCCACAAAGCCCAUCACUACUUCUGAGGGCGAGUUGGGCGAUCAGGGUCCUGUCACGACCAGAUUGAAAGUGUAG